AUGUUGAGAUUUCUGGUGCCAUGGGCGCUGCCAUGGCUGGCAUCAUCAGAUGUAUCGCCCACUGGGAUGCCUACGUGUCCUUGUACAGAAUGGGCCAAUCUGGAAAACUAUCGCGUUGGGGAUGUGAUUCGGUAUACGCCCAAAGGGCAGAGCACUGGAUACGACUAUCCCCUGAACUAUGGGAACUUGGAGUGCAAGGCACAUGACCAGGGUCUACAGCCCUUCUGUCAUGUUGAAUCACCCCCUGCUUGGUGUGCGCAAAAAUGGUGCUAUGUGGACAAGAGCGCAUGCACCGGUGCAGUUCCAUACCGAAGUCAGCUGUUCGAGAAUUCCGACACCUACUACAGCUACCAGACCUGUGGAGAGUCGAAUCAGUUCAACACGUGGAUUCAGAGCAACGCCGCUUCUGCAGCGAGUGAAGUAACUGAGCUGCUGGACGUUGUGCUGGGAUACUUGUGGAGCACUCGAGACCGAGUGGAGACCGAGCAAAGCGUGUUGAGCCAAGUUCGGGGCUGCGAGUUUAAGGAUCAAUGUCCGUGUUUGGAAUGCUCCCAUCAGAGCAACAUUUGGAAGAUGAAGACAGACUUCAGCAGUGUGGGGGUGAAUGCCAGAGAUGACAGCUUCGGGUGCCUGGCACGGCCGGUCUCCCAGAGCUAUAUGAAUGUGGCAGCCAAGGAGGGGGAACCCAUGGAGCGUGUGGGCUACAUCUAUUUUUCAGAUCAUGCCAGCGGAAGCUAUUUGGGAUGGCCGGCUGUGGAGUGGUGUCAGGCAGAUGACUACGACCCACGUUUGCGUCCGUGGUACUCCUCAGGCUCUACAGGGCCCAAGGACGUGGUCAUCGUCAUCGACGUCAGCGGUUCCAUGCAAACCGCGGGACGCUACGUGAAGGCAAAGCAGGCAGCCAAGGCCUUGAUCGACACCUUGGAGUGGAAGGAUUUUGCAGACAUCAUCCUUUUCAACAAUGGCAUUUCAGCUCAGUUUUCCUCCGAACGGCUGGUGCCAAUGUUUGAUGAGAGGCGAAAAGCUGCGAAGUCAUGGCUGGAGAAUCAGCAGUUUGCAAGUGGUGGGACAAACUUCAAGGCAGCCUUGGAAGCUGCUUUCGAUGUCAUCAGCAGGAGCGUCAGUUCAGGCGACACUUCAAUGUGCCAAAAGGCCAUCCUGUUCUUGACGGAUGGCGAAGCGGAGUUUUCGGACGGGGACUUUGCCUGGACCCGCAGACAGGCCGAACAGCUCAGUGUUGCCGUGUUCACGUAUGCUCUUGGUUCUGGCGCUGAUGCCACCAUCACCAAGCGCUUAGCCUGUGAGAACAAAGGCAUUUUCUAUCAGCUCCAAGACGGCGUCGACCUCUCCAAGGUGAUGUCAAGAUACUACGAGUACUUUGCCGCUGGUGUUGAAAUUUGCACUCCUUCGUUCACACGAUACAAGGAUGCGGUCACCGAUGCGGAGCUGUGGCCUGCUUGUUUGCCUGCCUACGACCGAUCUUCGGAGAAAGGGCUAUUGGGCGUCAGCUGCUUUGAUUUGAACGUCAUGGUUGAUCCUGCGACUAUGGAGUCACAAGACUAUUAUGACAACUUUGUCUGCAAAGUCUCAGAUCUGACCAAGCAAUGUCGCCAGCUGGAUCUGAAUGACUGUCGUCUCGAGAAGCUGCGAGCUGCUGUGGGGCCAGCAUCGAUCUGCUCGGCCUUGACUUUUUCUUCUCUCCCGUCCACUUGCGAAUGUGCAGAUCCUGCUUGCCAAGACAAUGAGGACUGGCUGGACGAGAAGGGCUACUUCUGUGACACCUGGGUUGGUGACAACUGCUACGGAGCAAUGGAGGAUUGGGGCUAUUCCGCCGCUGGCCAGCAAGCUGUCUUGGCGCAGUGCAAACGAUCUUGUGGCAUAUGCCCUCAGACUAGCUCCUGUCAAGCGGGGCAGUGCCAGCUGACACCGAACAAGAUUUCCAGUACUGGAUGUCGAAAAGAGCGGACGGACAAGGUGUCCCCAAGUCUGAUCGUGACCGAGUGGACCAGCUUUUCUGGACCCGCGAGCUCAGCUCUUGGUGGCGGACUUUGGCUCCAAGUGGCUCUCGUCGUUGUGAGCGCCGCACCGGGAUGA